AUGGGUAACUACCUUGAAGGCACGUACAAAACGCCAGACGGAAAGGUGACGGGGGAACCAUCGACGGCGUCAGGAAGUGCGCAUUCAACCGCAACAGAUACUAGCAGCAGUACUGCGACACAUGCUGGUAAUAACAGUCAGAGCACCUCUUCUUCCACCGCAAAAGCACCUUCAAACGCAGCGGCAACGACGACUAGCGCUUCUGCGACUCCUGCAUCUGGCGGAGAAAUUAUGAGAGCUCAUGCUUUGGUUGGCGCAUUGGGGCUGGGUGCCGCACUCAAUGCUCGACGCUUUCAAACCUCCGCCCUCCCUUUUGAACUACCUUCUGUUGCUCAUCGUAUCGUCUCCUCGCCUCUGAAAUAUUUGUCACAGCAACUUUAUGCGCUUCAACUUUUCGUCCGUGGUGCUCCUCUCUUACUACCAGCAAAAAGAGAACGUAUUCACGUUCUUUGCAUCUCUGAUACCCAUUGCCUAAAGCCAGAGCAGCUGCCCAUUGCAGAUCUCCUAAUCCACGCUGGAGAUCUGACGAACGCAGGGACCGCAGACGAGAUUCAGGAUCAAGUCGAUUGGCUUAAAAGCCUAGACUAUAAGUAUAAGAUUGUGAUUGCUGGCAAUCAUGAUAGCUACUUCGAUCCGCGUAGUCGAGGGGAGCAGGACAAGUAUAGGCAAAUCAAUUGGGGAGAUGGGCAGCAAAAGAUACUCUAUUUGCAGCAUUCGAGUAUCGAGCUCGACUUCAAUCAGCAUGGACGAACACUGACGGUAUUCGGCGCUCCUCAAAUUCCUGCUUGUGGCGGACCCGAAUUUGCUUUUCAGUAUCCUCGAGGGCAAGAUGCAUGGAGCGGUACGGUCCCCGCAGAUACUGACAUUCUGGUCACUCAUACUCCGCCGAAGUAUCACUUGGAUCUUCCCAGGGGCAUGGGCUGCGAAUGGCUUCUGGAGGAAGUUUGGCGGGUAAGGCCGCGGUUGCACGUUUUUGGGCACGUCCACUGCGGUCAUGGGCAAGAAGGCGCAUUUUGGGAUGACGCACAGAAGGCCUUUGAGCGACUCGGCGCAAGAAACGAAAGAGGGCCGUUGGUUGACUUAGUAGGGUUGCGAGGCUGGCUAGACGCUGCAAGGUUGUUGGUGAGCAGUACUCUGGGCCUGAUCUGGAGUAGAGUCUGGGGAGGAACCUCCAACAAUACCCUAAUGGUCAAUGCAGCGCUGAUGACGGGCUCUACCGGAAGGUUAGGGAAUAACAAGGCUGAGUACGUGCCGAACCUUGCAGCCCAAGUGUGUGUGGAACGUGGCUCACAAUUGCAUGAAUAA